UGACACUUCAGACUCUCAGUCAUGAGCGAAACAAGUUACUGUUUUGCGUGAAAGAGCGAUUCAAGGUUCAAAGCAGCCCUGUGUCCUCUCGUCUGCCCCACGAGCCCUAGGUCCUUAGGUCCCUGCAAGGGCCGUCCCUCCCACUCCAUCCCUGACUUCCUCGACGGAGGUCUGAGGCCAUGACCCCGCCGUUUCGUGUGCUACCCACAUGCCUUACCACACACCAGUUACAAGCUCCCACCUUGUUCACGUGCAGCAAGGCCGCAGUGAGCUCACCACCACCGCCAAGCGCCGCAAGGACGCCGCCGACGCUCCAACAACAACCGCAACCUACGCCCCAACCGCUACGAUGGCUGCCUCGGCCCGCAACGCCCGCCUCGAAGCUCUGAUCAAAGCCGGCAACGCAGAAGGACUACGGGCCGCCCUCGCCGCCCUCUCCCCUGACGCCCGCGCCGACUUCUUCAAACGUUCCCAUCCGCUGCACGCGGCCGCCGAGGGAGGCCGGAGGGAGGUGGUGGAGGCGCUCCUCGCCGGGGGCGCUGACCCCAACGCCCGGGAUGGAGGUUUUGGUUCCCAUCCGCUGCACGCGGCCGCCAGGGGAGGCCGGAGGGAGGCGGUGGAGGCGCUUCUCGCCGGGGGCGCUGACCCCAACGCCCAGAAUAAUCUUGGCCGAACGGCGAUGCACUUGGCAGCCUUGCGGGGGCAUUGGGGGGCGCUGGAAGCUCUUGCGGCGGGCGGGGCCGGCGUGGACCCCGUCGAUAAUCACGGCGACACGCCUCUCCACGACGCAGCUUCAAACAGGCACCUUCUCGCGGUGGGCGUCCUGACUGGCCUCGGGGCAUCCACCAGCAAGAAGACUAAGAAAGGGAAGACUCCGCAGGAUCUGUUGGGGAAUCUUUCCGCUGAUAAACUCUUCCCAAUGGCGGAGAAAUGUGCUGCGACUGCAGCCGAGAAGGAAAGGAGGAAGAUGCAGGAGAAACUCGAGGAGAAGGAGAAGGAGAUGAAGAAGAGGUACGACUCGAAGGAGGCAGAGGCAGCCAACCUGAAGAAGGAAAUCGAAAAGUUGAAGAAGAACCUUCAGAAGUUAAAGUUAAUUAAGGAAAAACUCGAGGAGCAGGCGAAGGAGAUGAAGACAGAAAUCAAAAAGGUAGAGACUGAGUACGAGGCCAAACUGCGGGACUCGAACAUGGCCCUCAACAUCAAAGACGACGAGGCAGCCGACCUGAAGACGGAUGAGUGUGUAUGAGUGUGUAUGUAUGUAUGUUUGCAUGUAUAUCUAUAUACACAUAUGCACAUGUGUACAUGUAUACAUGCAGACAUACAUGUGUGUGUUUGUAUGUUUGUGUUUGUAAGCACUCGAAUGAAGAGAAUUUCGCCCACGAAAGAGUGUGGGAA